AUGGGCAGAACGAAUGAGAAGAGAGACCGGAAUCUCUCUAUAUAUACCAAUUACCAGAACAAAGGAAACAACUCCUUCGUGGAAUCGAUGACUCGACCGAUCAGAAUUCUGUUCCGGUCUCCAAUCGUAUUCAUCAUCUCAUUCUACACAGCCCUCACAUACGGUUUAUCUUAUCUGAUUCUGACCACCCUAACGCAAGUGGUGGAAGAAAACUAUGAAUUCAACGAGGGGAAUGUGGGGUGCUUGUUUCUUGGACGAGGUAUACUUCGUCUCUCUCCCUACCAGCCCCCCCCUUUACUAAUCUCGCUUAGCUGUUGGGAAGAUCGUUGGAAUGAUUCUGUACGGUUUGGUCUCCGAUCGCUAUAUGAAAUAUAAGAAAGCCAAGACUGACGGAUCAAAGCCAGAAUAUCGCCUUCUGUCAAUGGUUUUUGGUUCUGUAGCGCUUCCUCUUGGGCUAUUUUUGUACGGUUGGACAGCAGAAAGGCAUGUUCAUUGGAUUGUUCCGAUCGUUGGCAUAGCUAUCGUUGGUUUCAGCAUGCUGCUCACAAUUUUGCCAACUGACAACUAUCUAGUUGACUUGUACGAGCUUCAUGGGGCUUCCGUAGUAGCAGCUGGACUCAUCUUGCGGGCGAUGUUUGGAGCUCUUUUUCCUCUGGCUGCUCCUCCGAUGUAUUCGAAACUGGGACUUGGGUGGGAAAACUCGGUUUUUGCAUUCAUCGCCGUUGGAUUUGUUCCGGUGCUUUUUUUUCUAAUGCGCUAUGGGGAACUUGUGCGGAAGGGCCGCAGGUUUCAACAGGAGUUGUAG